AACGUUGUCUUCAGCAGCGCGAAAGGAGCGCGCAGCUCUUGCGAAUUAUUUGGAAGAGGAAGAUGAAGCAACAACACACAACGAAGUAGUAAGUAAGCGACAGAUACCAAGAUGUUCUCCAGUGGUCCCAACUACAACAAGCUCAAGACAAAUUUGCGUUUGGCGCAAAAUCGUCUCAAGUUGCUCGAGAAAAAGAAAUCGGAAAUAACGCAAAAGUCGCGCAAGGAAAUUGCUGAUUAUCUUGCCACAGGCAAAACGGAAAGGGCUCGUAUCCGUGUGGAGCACAUUAUACGGGAGGAUUACCUCGUGGAGGCUAUGGAAAUAGUGGAAAUGUAUUGUGACUUGUUGUUGGCACGUUUCGGUCUCAUCCAGCAAAUGAAGGAACUCGAUGCUGGCAUAGCCGAACCCGUGUCCAGUCUUGUGUGGGUAUGUCCCCGACUGCAGAGCGACAUUGGCGAGCUAAAGGUCAUCUCAGACAUCUUUGUGCACAAAUAUGGACCGCAAUUUGCGGAGCAUUCGCUCACCGCAACUGGUGAGCAUUUUGUAUCGGAGAAGUUGAUGCACAAGCUGACUCUGCAGGCGCCGCCCAAGCUGCUCGUGGAGAACUACUUGAUAGCCAUUGCAAAGAACUACAACAUUGAAUACGAACCAGAUCCACAGGUCAUGCAGGAGGAACAGAAGCCAGAUCCACAGGCACAUCUCAUUGAUUUAUCAGAUCGGAAUAAUCUGAGUGGCGGUGGUGGUGUGCCUCAUCCACCUCAAAUGGGUUUCAUUGGAUAUCCGGCAAUGCCACAAUUGCCGGAAAUGCCAGCGCCACCCAGUAGCAAGCCAUUUAAUUAUCCACAUUUCGGUGGAAACGGCGGCGGCGGUGGUGGUGGCAUGGCUGGGGCCUGUGCUGCUCCAGCGCCAGUUCAACCGCCGCCACCAUUUGCAUACAACAUACCGCCACAUCAGCCACCGCCGUCGCAGGGCAAGUGUGCCGAGGAGAAGGAUUUGAAUACCAAUUUCAUCAAUCAUGAAUCUGAUCCCAAGAAUAAGGAAGCGGAGGCCUCUGGCUCUGGCAGUCCGGACGAGAACAUUUUGCGCCCCAAGCCGCAUAAUGAUCCACCGCCACGUUACUCCUCGAUUAAUCCCGCUAAUUUGCAGAAUACCAACAAACCGAAACCUCAACCACGCUCCAAGCUGCCACCGGGUGGACCCCAAUAUCCCAGCGCACCGCCAGCGUUGGAUAUGCCAUCGUUGCCCAAUGUUCCAAGUGAUUUGCCCGAUGUUCCAGGCGGCGGCGCCGGCAAAGCUGAUGACGAUGAGAUUGAUUUCGAUGAACUCUCACGUCGUUUUGAGAAUCUGAAGAAGCGCAAAUGAAGCAACAACUGCGACGCACCCUUUAAUCCCUAUACAUUCAGAAAUUUGUUAAUCUAUAUAAUCCCAAUACAUAAAUAUAUUUUGUAAAAUUCGUUGCGCAUAUAAAAGAG